GGCAGGCGUCCAUACACAAUCAAACAAAACGACAAUACGUGACGGACAUACGAAAUACGAAAUAUUAUAUAUUAAAAAUAAAUAAAAAAAUUUUACUUGUCGGUGGUCGGUCCGCGGUCGGAUCGGUAUACAUUCGGUGUGUGUCUGUGUGUGUUAGUGGAACCGUCCACUUAUUUCUGUGUUCUCAGCACAUAUUAUAAGAUGAUAAUGUCGAGCUGAUAUUUAUUUAUACCAUUGUGAGCUCAGCAAUGUUCUAUCUAUGUAUUAUUACAUACUUAUUACAUACAUAGUUCAACACUUAUGUGUUUAGCUUAUAUUGUGCUAAAGCUAUGUAACCGUCAACCAAAAACACCAGUAGCCAAUCUGUUCAACUCGUUUCAAAAAAAAAAAUUUUUACGAAAAGCUUAAAUAAAAAAAAAUUUUAUAAAUGUACUCACUAUAAAUAUGUGUUAGUUUAGUUUUAUUGGUGUUUAAGUGUGUGUUUUUGGUUUGAUUGUGUGUGUAAAAAAUAAUGUAUGUGCAAUCAUUAUUCUCAAUGUCUUGUGUUAUAUAAAAAAAAGUAAAAAAUAAAAUUACAAAAUUACCAAAAAAAUAAGAAAUGCAACAAUCAACGGCAAUACAACAGCAGAAUACAACCAGUUCAUCGAAUACAACAUCACCAAUAUCAUCAUCAGAUAAUACACAAACCAUACAAACACCAAAUGGCAUACCAGCUGGUUCACAGCAACAGCCAACAACAGGUGGUGUUGGGGGUGGUGCUAGCCCUGCAACACCAGGUGCCACUGGUAUUGCAACCACAUUUAAUAUAAGUAAAUCACAAUCACAUAUAAAUGGUGGUCGAUUUGAUUUUGAUGAUGGUGGAACAUACUGUGGCGGUUGGGAGGAUGGUAAAGCACACGGGCAUGGUGUAUGCACCGGUCCUAAGGGACAAGGUGCAUAUAGUGGAUCGUGGCAUUAUGGAUUCGAAGUGUCUGGAAUAUAUACAUGGCCUAGUGGGAGCGCAUUUGAAGGACAAUGGCAAAAUGGUAAAAGACAUGGUUUAGGUAUUGAAACUCGUGGACGAUGGAUGUAUCGGGGUGAAUGGACGCAAGGUUUUAAAGGGCGUUAUGGUGUACGGCAAUCAUCUACAUCAAAUGCAAAAUACGAGGGUACAUGGGCGAACGGGUUACAAGAUGGCUAUGGUUCUGAAACAUAUGCAGACGGAGGUACAUAUCAAGGACAAUGGCUGAGAGGCAUGCGCCAUGGGUUUGGUGUACGUGCCAGUGCACCAUUUGGUAUGGCAUCACAUUAUCGUCCAAAUAAAGCGAUACGUGCAUCAUUAACUUCGUUACGUAGUGUCAACGAUACUAAUGGGGGAGGUGGAGGAGCACCGCCAGCAGCUGAUCAUCAAGCAAGUGAACGUCGCGAUCGUCGUAUUGACGACGGACGUGGUGGAUUUGUAUUAAAAGCACGUUCUGAUGAACAACCACAACGUAGGAACUCACUGGUAGAAAAAACAAAACGCGGUUUAUUAUCGAAAAUACGUAAACAAAAGAGUACAGGGGAUUUAGAAAAGCGCGGUAUAAGUGGAGCAACAACUGGUUCAAUACGAUCAACAGGCUCAACAACAUCAUAUAUGAGCAACGAAUCAACACAGUCGGCAUUGACUAAUGCUAGUUUUCAUACGGAUUCAAAUGCGAGUUUUGUUAUUGAAGACGAACAUAUGGAUGCAAAUGUAACGGAAACGUAUAUGGGUGAAUGGAAGAAUGAUAAACGUACAGGAGUUGGUAUCAGUGAACGCAGUGAUGGUCUACGCUAUGAAGGUGAAUGGUUUGCAAAUAAAAAAUAUGGGUAUGGUGUAACAACAUUUCGUGACGGUUCCAAAGAGGAGGGCAAAUAUAAAAAUAAUAUAUUAAUUACAUCACAAAAGAAAAAACAUUUAUUUUUAAUACGUUCAGCGAAAUUUCGUGAGCGUAUCGAUGCGGCUGUUAAUGCUGCACAACGUGCUUCGAAAAUUGCAUUACAAAAAGCAGAUAUUGCAAUAUCUAGAACAGCAACAGCACGUGGUAAAGCAGAAAUGGCCGACAUUGCAGCGGAUCAUGCGAAAGAAGAAUCAGAUAUAGCACAAUUAACAGCAAAACAAUUCGCACCAGAUUUUAAGCAACCUACGGGCAUUGAAAGAUUACGUCAACAACGUAGUGCAGCCGCUGCAGCCGCAGCCGUUAGUGGUGUAGGUGCUGAUAUUAAAAAAUAUGCACCACCACCUGAAGACGCUGUACCUGUUAAAUCAAUAUUAUCAUCAUCAAAUAAACAACAAUCAAUACAAUCGCAACAAUCAAUUCAACAAUCAUCACCGCCAACGACAAUACAACAACAACAACUACAGCAACAACAACAACUACAGCAACAACAACAACAACAGCAACAACAGCUACAACAACAACAACAACAACAGCAGCAGCAUCAGCUGCAGCAGCAACAGCAACAAUCACAACAAUACAAUAUGAUGAAUAAUUACAGUAGUGGUGGUAUGGGUGGGGGAGGUGGUAUUAUGGGACAGCAAUCCUAUAAUACAGAAAAGCAACAGCAACAAUACAACAAUAUUCCAUCAACAAACGAUUACAAUCAAUACAAUAAAAAUGAACAAUUCCAACAAAAUAUUAUGAAUGGUGGUGGGGGUUUAAGUAGUAGUACAGGUGUUGGUGGCUAUAGUGGUACAGGUGGUGGUGUCACUGGUUCAACAAUAAAUAAUAUGACACAACAACAAUCACAAAUGACAAGUAGUACAAGUCCAUCAAGUAAUUUAGAUCGUCGAAGGAUGUCACGCGAACCCACUAUCAAAUCAAAUUUAGAUGGUAUACAUUCACAAUCAAGUAUAGAUCGAUUUGAUCAUUAUAAUCGUCCCUCAUCGGUGUCACGAAGUCGUGAUUCAAGUGUUGAUCGUAUGAAUUUACCAUUGCGACCUGGUAGUAGACAAACUUCAGUUGAUAAACAAGUUUUAGGUGGUGGUGCUCUUGGUGAAAGACGAGCAUCAAAAACGUUAAUACGUGGAGGUACACCUGUUGCGAAUCUAUCAUCGCCUACGAGUAAUGGUAUUAUUAAAACUGGCUUGGGUCUGGGUAGUGCAGCUCUUGGAAUAAAUCAACAACAGUUAGCAUCAUCUCCACCACCUAUUGAUAUGUCAUCAUCAAUUACUACAACAUCGUCAUCAGCUUCAAAUCAACCAAAGCGUACAGAAAGUUUGUAUAUAACACCUGGACUUAAACAAUCUAUUGGUGUUGGGGGUGGUGGUGGGGGAAAGUCAAUACCCGUAACUACAACGACAUUACAAAGAAAGAAAUCAUUACCAGAUGUACAACAAUUACCAAGAGCUACCACACAAAUGUCACGCGAAGAAGUAAGUGCAUUAGGAUCAGCUAGACGUGAGGAAGUUCGACGACAAAUUCAAGAAUCAGAACGUUUACGUGCAAAUCCAUUAUUAUAUUUAGUCAGUCCACAAGUCAAGGAUUGGUUUUCACGCCAGCAAUUAAUGUUGCUGGUAUUAUUUGUGAAUAUAUCAUUAGCCAUUAUGUUUUUUAAACUAUUGACGUAGUAAUUAAUUAUAUAAUUAUAUACAUUAAUUAUUAAAUUACUACGAGCUUUAAAAGUGCAUAAAAUUGAGAGCUUUUCAUUUUUUUUAUAAGCUAUUUUACUAUAAUAUACUAUUAAAAUAUAAUGUAUAUAUUUAUAUAUAUAAUUACUUGUUAAACAAUCGUUUACGAUUGCAAGAAGAAUACAAAUUUUGACCAUCAUGUGCCGACCAAAUGACACUUAAACUUACACACAUACAAACAUACUUAU